AGAAAAAAAGAAACUAACACACAAACACGAACCACAACCAACAAUGACAAUAACAAUCACAAAGUGAAGAAUCUCUGCAACGACCAAUCUCUCUGAAUCGCAAAGAUUUGUUCUUCAGAAUUUUACGUGACAUAUCAGCCCCUAUGAGAUUCAAAAAAGGAAGUAAAGUUGAAGUUUUGUGCAAGAAGGAGGCCCCUUCGGGGUCCUGGCAAUGUGCUGAGAUAAUCAGUGGCAAUGGCCACAACUACACGGUUAGAUACGAGGAAUUAGGGGGUUCCACAGUUGUGGAGAGGGUAUCUAGAAAGGAGAUUAGGCCUUGUCCUCCUCCUCUAGAAGUUUCGACGUCAUGGGUUGCUGGUGAUCUCGUAGAGGUGUUUUACAAUUCUUCUUGGAAAUUGGCAACCAUCUCAAAGGUUAUGGGGAAGAAGCAUGUUUUCGUCAGGUUACUUGGAUCCUCUCGCGAAUAUAAAGUCAGUAAAUUCGACGUCCGAGUCAGACAGUUUUGGCAGGAUGAUCAAUGGACUGUGAUUGGAAAGGGGUCUGGAUAUUAUGAUAAUGUCAAACAUGAUGAAAUAUUAAAUUUGGAGGACAAUCAAAACUCAAGUUUCCAAAUUCAGAAGACAAGCAGAAGGAUAAAUCCACGUGCAAAUGGUCAGUCUUUUCCUGCUACACACAAAUUAAGUUUUCAGGAGUCUCACUUUGCCUCGUCGAGAACUCUAAAAAGAUCAUCACCUUAUUGCUCCUCUCAAGUUAAUGCACGUGCUGGAACUCCCCAGAAAUUUAGAGUUAUUGGAAACGAGGGCAGAUGCCACAGAGUGUUCACUUCAGAUCCAUUGUUAUUGGCUGAACAGGUUGAUUCUGCUCUACCAAGAGACAUGCUAGGUGAAAAAGCACUUGCUUUAUUUAAGAUCAGAACGAGUAGAUUUCCUGAAGCGAAAUCCAGUAGGAAGAAGCCAAGUGGACUUGAUGGUUGUUCAUUUGCAGUAAAUAUACAAUCAAAUGAUGCCAAAAGCACUGCCUGUUCAGUCGGCAGUUGUAGCAUCAACAGCAACAAUUCACGUGCACUACCUCAUCGUGUUUUUGCCAGUCCUGUUGAAGAUUUGGAUUGUGGGGAUGCUGAAUCAUUUUGUCAGGUGAGAUUUGAGGAAGGAAAUUGUGUACGUCCCACAAAGGAGGAAUUGGCUGCUGAGAUCCAUAGGUUAGAGUUGCACGCUUAUCAUUGUACUAUAGAGGCACUGCAUGCAUCCGGACCUUUAAGUUGGGAACAAGAAGAAUUGAUGACUAAUCUUCGUCUUUCGCUCCAUAUAUCAAACGAUGAACAUUUGCUAGAGAUCAGAAACUUGGUUUCUGCAGAUUCCAGCGUACAUUUUAGAUGACAGGAGCAUUUUUAUUUUCCAUCUAGCUGUAGAUUUCUAUUGAGUUUUUUUUUUUUUCUCCUGCAAAUUGUUACAAUGUAAGAAAAGAGACAGAAAGUUUUUCCAUUACUUGAA